AUGUCUCACCUCUACAAUUCCCAAGCAGAGCAACACUGCAGUCUUGGUUACACCCUUGCCACCAUGACGCUCCACGAAAGAAUCAAGUCCAAAACCACCAGGCAAGGUUGGGUUCUACCUCGUCAGACCACUUCCUUUGCCGACCCUGGAGCCUGGACCAACGUUGACUGCGAUGUCACCCCCCUCAAUCGUCGGACCUGGUCGGCAUGGACCAUGUUUGGAUACUGGUUCAGUGAUGCACUCAACGCCCAAAGCUGGAUGGCACCCGCUUCCAUCAUCGCUCUCGGGCUCACCUGGCGUGAGGCCAUUGUUUGUAUCAUCUUUGGCAGUCUCGUCUGCACUGUUCCCCUGGUGUUGAAUGGCAUGGUCGGUGCUCGGCUUCAUAUCCCCUUUCCCGUCGCCAUGAGAGCCUCGUUUGGCUGGUACUUCUCUCGAUUUGCAGUGGUGACGAGGGCUAUCACGGCCUUGUUCUGGCAUGCUAUUCAGACUUACACCGGAUCGACUGCCAUGACACAGAUCAUCCGAUCCAUUUGGCCAUCCUAUCUCGACAUUCCCAACAACAUUCCAGAUAGUGUUGGAAUCACCACGCAGGGAAUGAUAUCGCACUUGAUCUUCUGGCUGGUGCAGUUUCCUAUCCUGCUCAUCCCGCCGCACAAGCUCAAGUGGUUCUUUGUAGCCAAGUGUGGUAAGUAA